AUGGGCACUGUGGUAGGUUCAGUCCUAGAGUCCUUUCGAAUUGUAGGCUUCUCUUGUUCAUCCUGUCACCAGCUGUCAUGCUCUCUUCCUUUGGACAUUUUAGCAAAGCCAUUCACAAAGGUUGUAGCAAGUUUAAUCAUCCUCCAUUUGUCUGGGGCAACCAAGAAAGGAACAGAAAAGCAAACCACUUCAGGAACACAGAAGUCAGUGCAGUGUGGCACUUGGACUAAACAUGCGGAGGGAGGUGUCUUUACCUCUCCCAACUACCCUAGCAAGUACCCCCCGGACCGAGAGUGCAUCUACAUCAUAGAAGCUGCCCCAAGACAGUGCAUCGAACUUUACUUUGAUGAAAAGUACUCUAUUGAGCCGUCUUGGGAGUGCAAAUUUGAUCAUAUCGAAGUUCGAGAUGGACCUUUUGGAUUUUCUCCAAUAAUUGGACGUUUUUGUGGACAACAGAAUCCACCGACAAUAAAAUCCAGUGGAAGAUUUCUAUGGAUUAAAUUUUUUGCUGAUGGAGAGCUGGAGUCUAUGGGAUUUUCAGCUCGAUACAAUUUCACACCUGAUCCUGACUUUAAGGACCUUGGAGUUUUGAAACCGUUACCAGUGUGUGAGUUUGAGAUGGGCGGUCCUGAAGGAAUUGUGGAAUCUAUGCAAAUUAUGAAGGAAGGCAAAGCUUCUGCUAGCGAGGCCGUGGAUUGCAAGUGGUACAUCCGGGCACCUCCACGAUCCAAGAUCUACUUAAGGUUCUUGGACUACGAGAUGCAGAACUCGAACGAGUGCAAGAGGAACUUCGUGGCGGUGUACGACGGCAGCAGCUCCGUGGAGGACCUGAAAGCCAAGUUCUGCAGCACGGUGGCCAACGACGUCAUGCUGCGCACGGGCCUGGGGGUGAUCCGCAUGUGGGCCGACGAGGGCAGCCGCAGCAGCCGCUUUCAGAUGCUCUUCACGUCCUUUCAAGAACCUCCCUGUGAAGGGAACACAUUCUUCUGCCACAGUAACAUGUGUAUCAACAACACACUGGUGUGCAAUGGACUCCAGAACUGUGUGUAUCCUUGGGAUGAAAACCAUUGUAAAGAAAAGAGGAAAGCCAGUCUCCUGGACCAGCUGACCAACACCAGCGGGGCUGUCAUCGGCGUGACCUCCUGCGUGGUGAUCGUCCUUAUAAUCGUUUCUGUCAUUGUGCAGAUCAAACAGCCUCGUAAAAAAUAUGUCCAGAGGAAGUCGGACUUUGACCAGACAGUUUUCCAGGAGGUGUCUGAGCCUCCGCACUAUGAGCUGUGCACUCUGAGAGGGGCGGGCGUCACGGCGGACUUUGCCGACGUGGCCGAGGACCUGGAGAAUUUCCACACGCUGCGGAGGUCCUCUUCCAAAUGCGUGCACGACCAUCACUGUGGCUCGCAGCUGUCGGGCACCAGGGGCAGCCGCAGCAACCUCAGCAGCCGAGACGCCUCGGUCCUGGCCGAGCUGCCGCCCGCGCCUGCCAAGCCCCUCGGCCCGGCCCCCGGCAGAAGAAGCAUCCUCAUCAUGAAACACAGCUACUCGCAAGAAGCCGCAGAGGCCUGCGACAUCGACGACGUGGAGGAGGUGCCCACCACGAGCCACAGGCUGUCCCGGCACGACAAAGCCGUCCAGCGGUUCUGCCUCAUUGGGUCUCUAAGCAAACACGAAUCCGAAUACAAUACAACUAGGGUCUAAAAGAAAGUUCAAGGUAAGCAAAC